AUGAAUCUCUCAAUCGAUAAUAGCCCUAAAAUCAAGUUCCGAUUGCAUAUCAUCAUCGGCUCCUUGCUCUUGCUUACCUUCAUCCUUGUCAUCGCACGAGUGGCUGAUAAGGGUACGCCGUCAAGUCGGACCAACACAUGGGGUAUCGCGGUGUGCGUCAAAUCAGCAGUGUUUAUGACAUAUCAAAUCGUUACUGCUCACGCUGCGCGAUUCAAACGCUGGGCGAGUAGCAAAGCCAAUAUGAUCUUGAACAUCAUUGAUACCCUCUUCUGGUUCGCACUGUUCAUCAUAUCCAUCAUGGGGACUUCAGGUUCCCACAGUACCAGUAGUCGUGCAUUGGGUGUUAUUAUAGUUAUAUUGGCUCUUGUGUUAUGCGGCUUCGCUGGCUUCCUCUCGUUCAUCUGUGUCCGCGACCGACGAUACUAUAAGCAACAUGGCUCACUCCCUGGAGUAGGGAGCUCCAAGUCCCCUUGUUGA